UCGCUUUUACUAAUCUAGCUUUUGCUUAAUUUUUGGGAGAACAUAGUUGCCAGUUGCCUCUGCUCACCAAGUGUUUGUCAAUAUGCCUGAGUAUGGUCGCGACGUUGCUUUCUUAUUUUAUAGUUUUGCUAUACUAGGAACUGGAUAGGACAUUGUUCACCAACUUAGAUCGCUAUUAAGGAAUUUGCACGAAUCAGCACAAUUCUGUGCCCCCCUUUAAGUUGCGAUAUUUUUUCUGGUCGUCUGCCAUGAAGCUGUAUUGGUGCAUAUUAUUUAGUGUGGAAUUAUGUUCUUGUAUGAUGGAUGACACCCUUGCAUUAGUUUAGUGCUUGUGCUUUGUUUUCCUAGAUGCCUGCACAAUCAUGUCGUACAACAUCUUGGCUGAUUACCAUGCAAGGAAUCAUCCUGACCUCUAUCGGGAUGUCCCUUGGGAUGCAAUGAGGUGGGAUUCAAGGAGGCGGCUUAUUAUCCAUGAAAUUAGGCACUGGGACCCUGACCUAGUGUGUCUUCAGGAGGUGGAUAGGUUUCAGGACAUUGCUGCAGGAAUGAAGAGCAGAGGGUAUGAAGGUAUAUAUCAGAGGCGAACUGGAGAUACUAGAGAUGGAUGUGCCAUGUUUUGGAAGUCAAAACGGUUACGUCUGCUUGAGGAAGAUAGUAUUGACUUUAGUGAAUUCAAUCUCCGAAAUAAUGUUGCUCAAAUAUGUGUUUUUGAGCUUAAUGGAACACACAAAUUAGUACUCGGGAAUAUUCAUGUUUUGUUUAAUCCAAAGAGGGGUGAUGUAAAAUUGGGCCAGAUUCGCUUGCUACUUGAGAAGGCAAAUGCUCUUGCUGAAAAAUGGGAUGAAAUUCCUAUUGUGCUUGCUGGUGAUUUCAACAGCACACCUGAUAGUGCUAUCUACAAGUUCUUGUCGACAAUGAAGCUGAACAUUUCUUUGCAUGAUAGAAGAAAGUUAUCUGGACUUGAUAGCUCUGAAUUUGAUCUAUACGAGCUUUGUAGCUCACUGAAGUACCAAUGGAGUGAUGAAGAAGUAAGAAAUGCAACAGGGUAUUCGAAUGUCAUGGUCGCUGAACAUCCAUUGAAGCUCAGUAGUUCAUAUGCUAAUUUAAAGGGAAAUUCAAGUAAUAGGGGUCUUCAUGCUGAGCCUCUUGCAACUUCCUUUCACAAGAAAUUUCUCGGCACGGUGGAUUAUUUGUGGUAUACUCAUGGACUUGAAUGCUCUAGAGUUUUGGACACGUUCCCAAUAGGUGUUUUGAGGAGAACAAGGGGUCUUCCAACCAGGGAAAUUGGCAGCGAUCAUUUGCCCAUUAUUGCUGAAUUUGCCUUCACAGAAUCAGUUGAAGAUGAUUUUGAGGAAGAAGAUGAUUCUGAGCAAGAUAACGGGUCUGAGCAAGAAGUGAGCACGACGCAACAUGCAUAUCUCUCCACAGAUGAUGAGUCCCGAUGAAGUGAACUAGUGAUCCAGUUGGUCAGAAGGUGUAGUGUCAAUUAUUCGAGAACUGGGAGCAUGGUGGGCGUGGAAAGGGAUCUGUCACUGGAUCUGUCAUGGCCCAUAAACAGAAGUUCUUCAUCUUUCAUUCGGCUCGUGUCAUGGGGUGCAGAUGGAAUUUAGCCCAUUAACUUUGUCGGUGUAGUUUCUUUCUGUAGGGGAGGCAAAUUCUGCUCCCCGGUGUAGCAGAAUCAGGUAUGUGAGGAGAAGAACCAUAUAGUGAACGAUUUAGAUGUGUCAACGAGAAAACGGUGAACAAUAUGUUCUAGCGAGAUGAAUUCAUGCUUUGCUGUACUGAUACAAGUUCACUGACAACCUCAUCUGUGCAUUGACAAUACAUGUUGUACUUCGGGGUUUUGCA